AUGAACCGGCCAUUCGGUAAAAAGAACCCUUCUCCAACAUAUAAGGGUCUAGAAGAUGGAAGCAGACCUUGUUGGAAGAAGAAGUCCAUAUUCUUUGAUCUUGAGUAUUGGAAAUUUCUUCCGGUUCGACAUAAUCUCGAUGUCAUGCACAUUGAGAAGAAUGUAUGUGAUAGCAUUAUCGGUACAUUAUUCAACAUUCCUGGAAAAACAAAGGAUGGAGUCGCUGCUAGGUUGGAUAUGGUAGAUAUGGGCAUAAGGACUGGUUUGGCACCAGAACCUGGGAAAAAAAAAGACAAGCUGCCUUUGGCAACUUGGAAUCUGCUGGUAGAAGAGAAAAGAGCAAUGUGCAUGUCUUUUUUCAGCAUGAAGGGUCCUUACAGAAUUUCCUCAAAUAUAAGGAAUCUUGUUUCCUUGGAUGACCUAAGGCUGGUGGGGCUCAAAUCACAUGAUUGUCAUAUGGUCAUGCAACAUCUACUUCCUAUUGCUAUACGUUCAAGUUUAGAGAAGCCGGUCCGGUAUGCAAUCAUUCGGUUUUGUUUGUUCUUUAAGGCUAUAUGCAGUAAAGUAAUAGAUGUUAGAGAGCUAAAAAAAAUGCAAGAAGACCUAGUUCUGACAGUUUGUGAGCUUGAAAAGUAUUUUCCACCUUCGUUUUUCGACAUCAUGAUUCAUCUCACAGUUCAUCUUGUCAGAGAAGUUGAGCUUUGUGGACCGGUAUUCUUUAGGUGGAUGUACCCUUUUGAAAGGUACAUGAAAACCCUCAAAGGCUAUGUUAGAAAUCGAAACCAUCCAGAGGGUUGCAUUGCUGAGUCCUAUAUUGCUGAAGAAGCCGUGGAAUUUUGCUCAGAACGUGCACUUUCUGAGGAUACAGUUGGCAUCCCAUCAGUAGGCAUAUUCGAUGUAACUUGCAACAAACCCUUAUCUGGUGCUACUAUUGUAUCUGUCUAUGGAAGGGAGUUGGAGCUAGCACAUCUAUGUGUGUUACAGAAUACAGAGGAAGCAAGACCAUACUUCGAAGAACAUAUGGAGAUUUUGAAGCAUACCUAUCCAAGGUUCAAAAAAAAUGAAAAUUGGCUGACCAAUAAGCAAAAUUUAACUUUUGUUAGCUGGAUAAAGGAGAGGGUUCUUGAAGAAUUGGGCAAUCCUAAUCAUGGUAUCUCUGAAACUUUGAGGUGGAUUGCAGAUGGACCGAAUCCGGAUGUACCUACAUUUUGUAGUUACAUGGUCAAUGGGGUUCAUUUCAAUACCAAGGAACGUGAUAAUGUUAGGAAAGUGCAAAAUAGUGGUGUUUUCCUAAAUGCUCGUGCUUUACAAGUAUCUAGUGCGAAGGACAAAAACCCCAAACUGGAUGAUAUGCAAUUUUAUGGGGUGAUUACAUCAAUUUGGGAGAUGGACUAUCAACAGUUUAGAAUCCCUGUGUUUAAGUGUGAUUGGGUUGAAAAUGCCAAGGGCAUUAUAGUAGAUGAGUUUGGGUUUACGUUGGUAAACUUGAAUAGGAUAGGUCAUGUGGCCGAUCCAUUUGUUUUAGGUAAGGAUGUGAAACAAGUAUGGUAUGCAUCUGACCCUCUUGAUGAUGAUUGGUCAGUAGUUAUUCAAUGUCCUGAUAGAGAUUAUGCCCACGAUGGGGAUGAAGAAGAAGAGCUUGACAAUCUGGAACUUGAGCAGCAGCCCUUUGUAGCAAGAAUGCCAGCAAUUGAGUCGUAUGACAAUGCAGUUGGUGAUGAUGAGAACCGCUACUUGCGAGAAGGGAAUGAAGGGAUAUGGGUUGAUAAAUGA